AUGAGUUUUUUAUUUCCCCAUUGUGUCGAUCCUCAUCAAGGUCGAAUGUACAUUCAAAUCGUUUUGCUUCUAUUAUCUCCAAUCUCAUUUGCUUAUCAUCCAAAUCCAACGCCAUGGUUUUGUACAGAUCCGACUGCUUUGGACUCAACCGUUGAAAUCUCACAAAAACUACCGUCAUGUCUGCCAGGAUAUGUCAUUGACAUCGAAGAUGUCGUCUAUGAAUCGACUAUUGAUGGAAAAUGUUCCGGCAAAAGUUUAUGUAGUAUACAUAAUAAAAAUACUCUCCUAUUUGCAUGUAAUCAGAAACAAGUAUGUAGUGUAGAAAUACGACAUUUUCGUUUUCAUAUUAAUUCGACAUGCGGUUCAACCGUACGAUUUUUUACUAAAUACCGUUGUUUACCUGUCAUACAUGAACAAAAAGACUUUCUCUGUGAAUCAUCUCUUCGACGACCGAAUGCCAUUGAUAUUAAACUAUCCUGUCAAAGAUUUUACCGUUUACACAUUACAUUGGCAUUGGUUGGCAUUAGUAUUAAACAACAAGCCGAUGAAAAUCAACAACGUUUCAAAUGUAACAAAGAUACGUAUUGGCUCUGUAAUCAUUAUGUACCUGACGCUUAUCGAAGUGUAUGCAGCAGCCAAUUGAAUCGUGGCAUUGGAGAUUUUUGUGAAAUCAAAUCCUACGAUCGACCGAGAUUAAAAGGAUGUCAAUACGGAGAAAUGUCGAAUUUUUCAUUAGUCGAAUAUUCAUGUAUACCAGGCGAAGGUAUCACAGAAGAUCUUCCUCGAAUUGACAUUUGUUCAGAUGGUUCAUUCGAACGAAUAACAGUUAAUCAUGGUCUUCUUCAUUCUCCUAAUUAUCCUCAUUCAAUAGGAAAAUAUUUAUCAUGUAAAAAACAAAUACAUAUUACACGCGAAUCGCGUCUUCGCUUAUUUAUGCUUGAGAAAUCGAUCGAAUAUUAUCAUGAAUUAAACAUUCGUCUACUAAACAAUGAACCAAACAUUCAACGUACAUUAGCAAAAAAUGAAUUACUCGAUACAAAUAUCACUAGUCAGCAGAAAAAUGAAAUUCUUGAAAUUGAAUUGAAAACAAACCAUGUUGGUGGUGGCAAUUUUUUACUUUAUUUUCAAGUCGAUUCUCGCAUCUCCGAAUAUGCCCCGUUGAUUCUUGAAGCUGAUAGAAAAACAAAUGAUCAGGGUCGCCGACAAAACCUAUCGGUGAAACGCGAAUGGGGAAUUGUUAUUGGAGGUUUAAUCGGCCUUGUUUCUGUUGUUGCACUCAUUGUCAUCGUUCUGACCAUUGUUCGAGUAUCAAAACGUCGCCGUGCUGCAUCGAUGAAAUAUUUGAAAAGUGAUGAUGAUCAUCGUCAACAUUUGAAUGCCUCCUCGACUGAUUAUCAUCAUCCGCAGAAACCUAUUCAAAUUGAACAUCCGCAUUUAUUAUCAUCAUCGACGAUAAUUCCAUCAUUACCCAGCAAUCAUCGAGUGAAUACUUCAUCAGGAAUCCAUGAUGGUGUAUCCGAUCGCGAAUCUCUCAUCAAACAACUAGGACAUUCGCAUCCGACAAAUCUAGGAACUAAUCCUUAUCUCGAAGCGAAAUCUUUCGACGAUCGACGAAAGCUUUUCGAAGAGCACAGAUUAUCACAACCAAUUCGAGAUCAUAACGAGCAAGCUGAACAAUUACAGACGAAUACCAAACGUGCUGAUAAUAAUUUAUCGUUUUUGAUCGCUUUGAAAGAUCCAUGUCACGAAUUAGCUGAUGCUAAACCAAGUGAAAUACCGAGACUUCUACCGAAAAUUGUUUCGUUGAUUCGAGUCAUUUGGGUCAACUCAGAAUUUUAUAAUCGACCAGAAAUUCUAACAGCACUCUUUCGCAAACUCAGUAAUGAAGUCAUUCGGCGAUGCACGGUCGCUAUUGAUCUCAAUAAAAUUUUCGAAGGACAAACCACAUCGAGUCAAAAGGUAUUGAACGAAUGUAUCGAAUGCUGUCAACAAUGGCAAGAAAUCUAUAGUAAUGCUCAACAUCUUCAUGAGAAAUUUUCUGUGAAACCAUGGCGUCUUGAUAAGACAACAAUAUUUGCACAGAUCGAAGCGUUCAUCCAACGUUGCCGAGAUUUACUUAAUCUCUGCGAAUGUCAAAUGCAUUUUGCACGUUGGGAAGAUGGUACUCGAACGGAACUGCCCAUCUUCGGUGGCCAACGUGGUCCAAUCAUCAAUCGAAUGUUAACAGAUAUCGAAGUGGCAUUCGAUAGAAACUUACAAGAACUGAGAAAAUCGCAGUCGAUUAUUCUAAAUGUUAAAGCAACGACUUGGCAUGACGUUUACAAUCGUUUUCGGGCCCAAAUGAAAGAUCUUGAAGUGAAAAUGACCAAUGUCAUUACAUACGCAUUCGAUGCAGUGAAAACAGUGGAACAAGGUGUGGAAGUUCUCGAUGUUUUCACUCAUUUGAGUACGAGAGAAGAUAUUCGUCGUGCAGUGGAUAAGAAGACUGUUGAAUUAUACAAUAUAUUCAAAUAUGUUCUUCAAACGAUUCAAACAAUCAUUUCAACUUCGUCGAUUCCUCAGUCACUCGAACGAUUUCAUCCUCAAUAUGCCGGUAGUGCUUUCUGGGCACGUACGUUAAAACGACGAAUUGAACGCAUGAUGUCAUUUUUAAACAUGGCACAUUUUCUUCCAACCGUUGGCAUUUCAACUGACAUUCGUCAACAGUAUGAACAUGUGAAACAAGCAUUGGAUGAUUUCAUUCAACGACAAUACAAAGAAUGGUCAUACCAUAUCGAGAAUGAACCGUCGAAACGGCUCGAAUGUCCGCUGAUCAAACGUAUUAACGAUCAAGGUUAUUUACAAGCGAAUUUCGAUGCAUCACUAGUGAAACUGUUACAAGAAAUCAAGUUUUGGGAACGUCUUGGCUUUGAAAUUCCAUCGUAUGCAAGUGAAAUUCUCACGCGAAAGAACGAAUUGCGUACUGCACGUGAAAAUGUAAUGUUAAUCGUCCGCGACUAUAAUCGUAUUCUGGACAAACUCGAUUCGCACGAACGUGUCCUCUUCAAAGAACGUAUUAAACAAUUAGAUAAGAAAUUAGCACCUGGUUUGAAUAAAAUCACAUGGCUGAAACCGACGCAUGACUAUACGGUUGAUUGUCGUAUAAGUGCAUCGGAAUUGAAUCAACAUGUCGAUAAAUAUAAGGAAUCUUAUCGGGAUUGUAUUAAAUUGUGUAAGAAGAUAAGUGAAACACUUUUGGUUAAAAUCGAUUCGCGGAAAAUCUUCGAAAACUUAGAAUUUGAAGAAUAUCAGAGAGAAUUUCGAAAAGCGCAAAGUGAAAAAAUUCAAGAAUAUUUCAAUGCCAUUCUCCGCAAAAUCGAUGAAACACACAAAUUAUUCGAAAAUGAUCCACCCGAUGUUCAACACGAAUGGAAUCGUAUUGUUGUUGAAUUAGACAAAUGGCUCGAGCGAGCUAUUCGAUAUAAUUUCAAAACAUCUCUGCAAGAACUAUCCAAAGCAAUCAUUGGUGACGGCAAAUCGGCGCCCGGGCCACUAUUCAAAAUCGAAAUCAUUCUCGAACCAAAAGUUGUGGGCGACACAACACUAUCACGAAUCAAUUUCAAACCAGAUAUUGCUACUUUGAAAGGUAUCGUAAAUAAUAUUGGUGAACAUGAACUCGCCAAUGCGAUUACUUUUAUUCACCGAUUCAAAGCAAGAACGCAUGAAGAACCUCUUCAUUUAUUACUGAACAAAGAUGAACCUAAACAAUAUCUUCAGAAACAAAUCGCUACUGGCCUCGAUGCCAAUGAAAAACAUCUCGAUGAAUAUCAAUCAACUUGGAAUGGUGUUCGAGAAUUAUGGGAUAUCGACAAAGAACGCUUCAUUAUUCGUUAUGAAGAAAGUGCUCCGGAUGCAUCAAUAUUUGAUGCGGAUAUCAAUCGUUACACUGAAGUAGCAAAUAAUGUUCAAUCACGAGAUACACUAACAACUGUUCAAUUCGUACUUGUUGAUUGUACACCACUGAAAAAUGCUUUACUUGUGCAUUGUCUGCAAUGGCAAGCGAAAUUGACUGCACUUCUAUUGAAAUUAGCAACGAAUAGUUUACAACAACUGACAAAUUAUAUCGAGGAAAAUAGUGCGAGUGUGAUGGUCGUACCGGAAAAUCACUAUGGAUUAGAAGCAAAACAGAAAUUAUUGGAGACUUUACAACAAGAAGUACCAGUCUACGAAGCGAAAUUUGGACCAUUACGUGAACGAUUUGCUUUACUUGAUAAGCAUGAAAAACCUGUACCCGAUAGUAUUCGUCAAAUGCUCGCCCAACUAGACGAACGUUGGCAAUUCUAUCUUCAAUGCUUACUAGACAGCGAAGAGAUGUUGAAGAAGCUUCGCGAGAAAUUCAAAUCGAAAUUAUUACAGCAAUCCGAAGAAUUCAAAAAGAGCGUUACGGAACUUGUUACAGAAUUCAAAUCAAACGGUCCAUUCUCAUCAUCGACAACACCAGAAGAGGCUCUUAGUCAAUUAGAUGCAAUGAAACAACGAUUAGCGAAGUUGAAAGAAGAAGAACAAGAACUUCGCCGUGGCUUAGGGAUCUUUCGCAUUGAUCAUCCACUAUCGAAAGAUAUCAUCAACCUCGAAAAAGAUAUCGAAGCAUUAGAAGGCAUCUGGACCAUGGCACUUGAAUGGAAUCAAAUGUUUGAUAAAUGGAAAUCAACAACAUUCGGUAACCUUCAAACACAAGUCAUGGAAGAUUAUGCUCAAUCACAAUAUCGAAAACUACACAAACUAUCGAAAGAUUACCGUGAGAAGAAUUGGGAAAUCAUCGAUACAACAAAGAAUCGUGUUGAUCAAUUUCGACGAACAAUGCCAUUGAUGAAAGAUUUGCAUAAUAAAGAUAUGCGAGAUCGUCAUUGGCAACAGAUUAAAGAAGAAUCACAAAAAGAAUUUGAUGAAACAUCCGAAGAGUUCACAUUGGAAAGUAUCAUCGAUUUACAUUUCGAAGAAAAUGCGCAAUUGAUCAAUGAAGUUAGUGAAGCAGCACAGAAAGAGGCAGCCAUCGAACGGGGUAUCGAGAAAAUUCGAGACCAAUGGGAUAAAGUCGAAUUUGAAGUCGUACCAUACAAAGAUAAAGGUCAUUUUAAGAUCAAAUCGACCGAAGAAAUCUUCAAAGCUAUUGAAGAACAUCAAAUGUCUCUAUCGACAUUUAAAGCAUCACGUUUCAUCAAACCAUUCGCUAAAGUGGUUGAUAAAUGGGAACGUGAUAUUUCUCAUGUAAAUGAAGUAACUGAUUUAUGGUUGAAUGUUCAACGACAAUGGCUAUAUCUCGAAAAUAUUUUCUACGGUGAAGAUAUUCGUCGUCAAUUAGCAAAAGAAACUGCCCUAUUCGAUGAAGUGAAUGAAAAAUGGAAAGUUGUUAUGACAACAUUGAAUCUAGAACCAAACGCGUUUCAUGGUACGCAUUUAGCAGGUGUAGAAGAAGAACUAAAAUAUAUGAAUACGAACUUGGAAGAAAUCCAAAAAUCUCUUGAAAUGUACUUGGAAAAUAAACGUCGACAAUUUCCACGAUUCUACUUCAUUUCUAAUGAUGAUCUGCUAGAGAUCUUAGGUAAUUCGAAAGAACCACUAAAAGUUAUGCCACAUAUGAAGAAAUUGUUCGAUAACAUCAAAACAUUAACUCUUUCGAAACCGUCUAAAGAUGGACCACAAGUAGCAAUAGAAAUGAAGUCAAACGAAGACGAAAUUGUUCCAUUCGAUGGUCAAGUUACCCUGGACGGACAAGUCGAGAAAUGGUUACGCGAUGUCGAAAAUAAGAUGAAAGAAGUUGUCAAACGCAAAGUGCUCGCAUGUCGACACGAUCUAGCAAAUUGUGGUACAAAACGUGAGAAAUGGUUGAAAUCUCAUCCUGGCCAAGCAUGUAUCACUGCAAGUCAAAUUCAAUGGACAGAGGAAGUCGAGAAAUCCUUACGUGACAAUCCAUUAAAACUACGUAGUGAUCGUAAAAAACAACAUCUUGUAUUGAAAAAUUUUACUGAUAUGAUCAAGAAAAAUUUGACUCGACUUGAACGUGUUAAACUUGUGUCAUUGGUUACAAUCGAAAUUCAUGCACGUGAUGUCAUUAAUGAUUUGAUUAAAAGUCAAAUAAAGAGUGCACAAGCAUUUGAAUGGGCACAACAAUUACGAUUUUAUAUUCGAAGAGACGAAGUUAUCAUUGAACAAGCGAUUGGAAGAUUUUGGUAUGGCUGUGAAUACUUAGGAAAUUCAGGAAGAUUGGUUAUUACACCAUUGACAGACAGAUGUUACAUGACGUUGACAAUAGCUCUGUCGUUGUGCCGAGGUGGUUCACCCAAAGGACCUGCUGGUACUGGUAAAACUGAAACAGUCAAAGAUUUAGGUAAAGCAAUGGCAUUCUAUGUCAUCGUUACGAACUGCUCAGACGCGAUUGAUUAUAAAUCGAUGGGUCGUAUGUUUAUGGGUUAUUGUCAAACAGGUGCAUGGGGUUGUUUCGAUGAAUUCAAUCGAAUUAAUAUUGAAGUAUUGUCCGUCGUCGCUCAACAGAUUACGUCGAUUUUAAAUGCAAUGAAGAUACUACAAGAUGAAAUUAAGAAUAGCAUGCGUGCUAAAAUAAACAUGUCGGAAGAUGAUGCAUUCGCUACGGUUGACAAACGUUUAUUAUCGAGAAAGUUUACAUUUCAAGGACAAGAUAUCGAUCUUGUUUGGUCAUGUGGAUUGUUCAUUACAAUGAAUCCUGGUUAUGCUGGUCGUACGGAACUGCCCGAUAACUUAAAAUCGAUGUUCCGUCCAAUUUCAAUGUGUGUUCCAGACAGCAACUACAUUGCUGAAAUUAUCCUUUUCGGCGAAGGUUUUUCAGAUACACGUCUACUCGCUACAAAAGUCUACACACUCUAUCAACUUUGUGCUCAACAAUUGUCUAAACAAGAUUUCUAUGAUUUCGGUCUUCGUUCUAUGGCUGCCGUACUUCGUUAUGCUGGUCGAAAGAAACGUGAUUCGCCGAGUUUGAAAGACGAUCAAGUGGUUAUUCUAGCUAUGAAAGAUAUGAAUGUCGCUAAAAUGACUGAAGCUGAUCUACCCUUAUUCAAUGGCAUCGUAUCCGAUCUAUUUCCCGAUAUCGAAACGCCUAUUAUCGAUUAUUCGAAAUUCAAAGCAGCUAUCGAUGCUGAUCUCAAAGCUAACAAAUUAGAAAGCACUCAUCAUACAGUAUCGAAAGUCAUUCAAUUAUUCGAAACGAAAAAUUCUCGACAUUCAGUUGUCUUAGUUGGUUGUACACAGUCAGGUAAAACAGCGAUAUGGCAGACAUUGAAAGGUGCAAUGACAAGAAUGGCGCAAGAUGGCGCAACUGAUUCGUUAUUUCAACGUGUACAAGAAUAUCCGAUCAAUGCGAAAGCAAUUUCAAUCAAUGAACUUUACGGAGCAUCGGAUCUAUCGACUGGAGAAUGGUGCGAUGGUAUUCUUUCGAACAAUAUGCGUACAGCUUGUUCAGAUACUAAGCCUGAUCAGAAAUGGAUACUUUUUGACUGUCCGAUCGAUGCUGUUUGGAUUGAAUCGAUGAACUCUGUCAUGGACGAUAACAAAAUUUUGACAUUGACCAAUGGUGAACGUAUUGCUAUGCCCGAACAAGUGACACUUCUGUUCGAAACUGGUGAUAUGGCUGUUGCAUCGCCUGCUACCGUUUCUCGCUGUGGUAUCGUCUUUUGCGAUUAUAACAAUCUCUCAUGGCGACCAUAUAUCAACUGUUGGAUCAGUCAGAAGCCCAAAGAGUUUCAUGAACCACUAACAUAUUUAACUGAUAAAUACUUGAAACCUAUCAUUCAAUUUAAACAACAGAACUGCAAAGAAUUGGUACCAAUUGCCGAACUAAAUGGUGUGCGUUCUUUUAGUUAUCUAUUUGAUUCACUUGCAACCAAGGAGAAUGAUGUUGAUCCAGCUCAAGAGGAUAACUUCAGUCGUCUGACAGAAUUAUUCUUCUUAUUCUCAACAAUCUGGUCGGUUUGUGCAUCCGUCGACGAAGAAAGUCGAAAGAAAAUCGAUACUUUCAUUCGAGAAUUGGAAGGUACGAUCCCAAAUAAAGACACUGUCUUUGAAUACUACGUCGACAAUAAACAACGUGCAUGGAUCGGUUGGGAAGAAAAACUACGUUCCGGAUGGAAAUUGGAUACUGAAGUUCCAUUCUACAAAAUCAUCGUACCGACAGUCGAUACAGUCCGUUACAAAUACAUAGUCUCAUCGUUGAUCAGAAAAGGCUUUUCAUCUCUAUUAACUGGACCUGUCGGUACCGGUAAAACAUCGGUCGCGCAUGCUGUAAUGUCUGAAUUGGAUGCACGAGAAUAUUCCACGUUGAUUAUCAACAUGAGUGCUCAAACAUCAUCAAAUGUAGUUCAAGAAAUUAUUGAAGGCCGAGUCGAAAAACGUGUCAAAGGUGUCUAUGUUCCUAUUGGUGGAAAGAAAUUACUGAAUUUCAUGGACGACUUCAAUAUGCCUGCGAAAGAUGAAUAUGGUUCUCAACCACCAUUGGAACUAUUAAGAUUAUGGCUGGACUUUGGAUUUUGGUAUGAUCGAAAGAAUCAAACAAAGAAAUACGUUAAAGAUAUGUUCGUAUUAGCUGGUAUGGGCCCACCAGGUGGUGGUCGAACAGUCAUCAGUCCACGAUUACAAAGUCGAUUUAAUCUAAUCAAUAUGACAUUCCCAUCGGAAAAUGAAAUUCGUCGAAUCUUCGGUACAAUGAUUUCGCAGCGUUUACAAGAUUACGACGAUGAAUUUAAAAAUUUACCUGAUCAAUUAACAACCGCAACAAUUGAAAUGUACGAAACAAUUGUAGAAAAGUUCUUACCAACACCAACGAAAAUCUACUAUCUGUUCAAUUUACGAGAUAUUUCCAAAGUUUUUCAAGGUUUACUACGUGCUGAAAAGAAAAUGAUCACAUCGAAACAGACAAUGAUUCGAUUAUGGAUUCAUGAAUGUUUCCGUGUGUUCGCUGAUCGGCUGAACGACGAUAAAGAUCGGGAGCAAUUCUAUGCUAUUCUAUCUGAAAAGUUAGGUGUUAAUAUGGAUGUGACGUUCCACGCGAUUUGUCAAAAUCGCCUUCCUCCAACUUUCGGCGAUUUCUGUAACAAAGAUGAAAUGUAUGAAGAUUUGGUUGAUUUCGAUAAAUUAAAAGCACAUAUGGAAAAAGUUCUCAAAGAAUACAAUGAAACACCGGGUACCGUGCCUAUGGAUCUAGUUCUUUUCCGUGAUGCUAUUUUGCAUAUCACACGUAUCGUACGUGUCAUCCGACAGCCACGUGGUAAUAUGUUGUUGAUCGGUAUUGGUGGCUCUGGUCGACAAUCGCUGGCAAAAUUAUCAUCGUUUAUAUGUAAUUAUGCAGUAUUUAAAAUAGAAAUCGCAAAAAAUUAUCGUCGAAUUGAGUUCCGAGAAGAUUUGAAACGUUUGUAUAAACAAGCAGGUCAAUCCAAUCGUGAGACGACAUUUAUAUUCGUUGAUACACAAGCUGUUGAAGAAACAUUUUUCGAAGAUAUAAAUAAUAUGUUAAGUUCAGGUGAAGUGCCGAAUCUUUUUCGACCUGAUGAACUUGAAGAAAUUAAAACGAAUAUGUCUGGCGAGUUGAAGAGAGAAGGAAUCGACGAAGAUAACAUUCAGGAAGUCUAUGCAUUCUUACUCGAUCGUGUCAAAGCAAAUCUACACGUUGUCGUUUGUAUGAGUCCAGUUGGUGAAGUUUUCCGAAAUCGUAUUCGUAUGUAUCCAUCACUUGUCAAUUGCACAACCAUCGAUCUGUUUGCUGAUUGGCCACAAGACGCUCUACUCGAAGUCGGCGAACGUUAUCUCGCACAAAUCGAUCUCAGCAGUGACGAUAAGUUCCGUCCAGCCAUUGCUCAGUUAUUUGCUACAAUACAUACUUCGGUUUAUCACUGUUCAGAAGAGAUGUGGAAUGAAAUGCGGCGACGAAAUUAUGUCACACCAAGUAAUUUCUUGGAACUGACCACUGGUUAUCGAAAACUUCUAUAUGAAAAACGAAAAGAAUUGUGUGAUGCGCGAGAUAAAUUGUCGAAUGGUUUAGGAAAAAUCGAGGAAGCAAAAGUUCAAGUCACACAAAUGUCCGUCGAACUCGAAAAGAAACGUGCUCUAGCUAAUGAAGCACAAAAGAAAUGUGAAGAAUCGUUAGGAGGUCUUGUCAAUGAACAACGCGAAGUCGAACAAAGCAAAGCAGCUGUUGAGAAACUCAAAGAACGUGUCAAAGUCGAUGAAGAGAAAGCAGAGUUGAUCGCCAAUGCUGCUCAAGAAGAUUUAGCAGCAGCUAUGCCUGCACUUGAUGCAGCCAAUGCGGCUCUAGCAGCGUUGAGUAAGAGUUCGAUUACUGAAGUUAAAAGUUACGGUCGACCGCCGCUACUCGUCGAAAAAGCACUUGAAGCUGUCAUGAUUCUGAGAAAUUCCGAGCCGAGCUGGGCAGAAGCGAAACGUCAAUUAGGUGAUACUAACUUCAUCAAUCAUUUGAUCAAUUUUGACAAAGACAAUAUUUCGGAUAAGAUCAUUAUGAAAAUAUCGAAAUAUACGCAAGAUCCUACAUUAGCUCCAGCUGAAAUCGCACGUGUAUCGACCGCUGCUGCUGGUCUCUUCGACUGGGUGCGAGCCAUGGAACAAUAUUCGAAAAUCUUCAAAACUGUCAAACCGAAACGAGAUCGAUAUGAAGCAGCUAUGGCUGAAUUAAAUGAAAAACGAGCACAAAUUGCCGACGCUGAACGACAGAUCCAAGAAGCUCAGAAACGUCUCGAUGAACUACGUGCUAACUAUGAAAAACAAAUGGCUGAAAAAGAACAGCUUCGUCGUGAUUGUGAACAUAUGCAGAUGAUGUUAGACAAAGCAUCUCGUUUAAUCAACGGUCUUGCCAGCGAAAAAGUUCGUUGGGAAGCAACUGUAGCCGAUCUUCAGCAACAGAUUGGCUAUGUCACUGGUGAUUGUCUAUUAGCUGCUGCUUUCCUAUCUUACAUGGGCCCAUUCUUGUCACAGUACCGCGAUCGUAUGAUGAACGAAAUCUGGGUGAAAGAAAUUCGAAAACUAACUAUACCAUGCAAUCCAGAUUUCAACUUCGCCAACUUCAUGUCGAUACCAACACAAGUACGAGAUUGGAAUAUUCAAGGUUUACCAUCAGAUACGUUUUCAACUGAAAAUGGUGUUAUUGUUACACGUGGUACACGUUGGCCAUUAAUGAUUGAUCCUCAAGCACAAGCUAUUAAAUGGAUUAAAAGUAUGGAAUUAUCGAAUAAUUUAUGUGUGUUUGACCUGCAAACUCAUGAUUACAUGCGCAUUGUUGAAACCUGCAUACGCACCGGCCGUCCAUGUCUUUGUCAAAAUGUCAAGGAAGAACUCGAUCCAUCACUUGAUCCUGUUUUGACUCGCGCAGUUAAACGUGUUGGCGGUGUCGAUAUAAUGAAAUUAGGUGAACGAGAAGUUGAAUAUCACAAAGAUUUUCGAUUCUAUAUGACGACAAAAUUACCAAAUCCACUCUAUGCUCCGGAAAUUUCCUCGAAAGCCAAUAUUAUUAACUUUGCCGUCAAAGAACAAGGUUUAGAAUCGCAAUUACUUGGUAUUGUCGUCCGAGAGGAAAAGCCCGAACUAGAAGCUGAUAAAGAUCGAUUGGUUCGUGGUAUUGCCAAGGGUAAAAAGAGUCUCCUGGAACUGGAAGAUCAAUUGUUACGAUUAUUGAACGAAACGAAAGGUUCACUACUAGAAAAUGACGAACUCUUAUCAACAUUAGAAAUAUCGAAACAGACUGCAAAGACUGUGCAAGAACAACUGAUUACAUCCGAAGCAACAGAAAAGGAUAUCGAUGCUGCUCGUGAAAGUUAUCGACCAUGCGCUGAGCGUGCAUCAAUUCUCUUCUUCGUUCUCAAUGAUUUGGGUAAAAUCGAUCCUAUGUAUCAGUUUUCCUUGGAUGCGUACAUCGAUCUAUUCAAUAUCUCCAUAAAAAAGAGUCAGAAAUCAAAUAAACUUGAAGAUCGUUUGAAUAAACUGAACGAUUUUCACACCUACGCUGUUUAUAAAUAUACUUGUCGUGGUCUAUUCGAAACACAUAAACUGCUCUUUUCAUUUCAAAUGUGCGUUAAAAUCCUUGAAGCUGCUGGUAAGAUAAAUAUGGACGAAUAUCAAUUUUUCUUACGAGGUGGCAUUGUUCUUGAUCGUGAAUCUCAAAUGGAUAAUCCCAAUCCUCAAUGGUUAGCCGAUUCAUCUUGGGAUAAUAUCACUGAAUUGGCUAAAUUAGCAAAUUUUCAUGGCAUUAUCGAAUCGUUCGAACAGUAUCCACGAGAUUGGCAUCAAUGGUUUCAAGCGAGCGAACCAGAAAAUACGGCUAUGCCAGGCGAAUGGGAUUCAGUGAAUGAAUUACAGAAGAUGUUAAUUGUCCGAAGUUUACGUUCAGAUCGUGUACCAUUCGUCGUACAGAAGUUUAUUGUGAACAAUCUAGGCUCGAAGUUCGUUGAACCACCUAUUCUUGAUUUGAAUGCCGUUUUCGAUGACUCUACACCGAAAUCACCGAUUAUCUUUGUUUUAUCGCCUGGCGUCGAUCCAUCUGGUAGUCUGACUACUCUCGCUGAAAAAAUGGACUUCAAGAAGAACUUCUUACCACUAUCACUCGGCCAAGGACAAGCACCUAUCGCUACACAACAUAUUGCCGAAGGUGUCCGUGCGGGUCGAUGGGUAUUUCUUGCCAACUGCCAUUUAUCGUUAUCGUGGAUGCCUGAUUUGGAAAAAAUCGUCGAAAAUCUUUCAGUUGAAAAAGUUCAUCCUCAAUUUCGAUUAUGGUUAUCAUCGUCGCCAUCUCCACAAUUUCCCAUUUCGAUUCUUCAAUCUGGUAUUAAAAUAACAACUGAACCGCCGAAAGGUAUCAAAUCCAACAUGAAACGUCUAUAUGGCCUCAUCGACGAACAGGAUUUCGCGGAGAAAAAUCGUCAACCUCAUCCGGAAAAAUACAAACGUCUUCUCUUCUGUCUCUGCUUCUUUCAUUCACUGUUAUUAGAACGAAAGAAAUUCCUUCAACUUGGCUUCAAUAUCAACUAUUCAUUCAAUGAUUCCGACUUCGAAACAUCAAACUUAAUUAUGGGUCAUCUCUUACGUGAUCACGACACGACACCGUGGAAAGCAAUGAAAUUCAUUAUCGCGAAAAUCAACUACGGCGGCCAUGUCACAGAUACACGUGAUAUGCGUGUUUUAAAUACAUACAUCGAAGAUCUAUUCAAAGACGAAAUUAUCGACCCACAAAUGCAAUACUAUAAACUAACAAAACUACCCAAUUACUAUGUACCACGUGAUGGAACAUUGAACGAGUAUAAGAACGCCGUGGCAACUGUUUUGCCUAACAUUGAUCAUCCAGAAGCAUUCGGUCAACAUACAAACGCUGAAGUGGCUUCGCAAAUUCGUGAAGCACGAAUGUUAUUUGAAACGUUAUUAUCUCUUCAACCGCAAGUCGUUGCAACUCAAGGUAAAAAAUCGACCGAAGAUGAAGUUAUGGAAAUGGCCACACGUGUAUUAGAACAAUUACCCGAAAAGAUCGAUUUUCAAAGCACAGUGAAAAUCCUGUCCGAGGACCAUUCACCACUGAAGGUCGUUCUAUUACAAGAAAUCGAGCGUUACAAUCUUCUCCUAGACAUCAUUCGACAAUCGUUGGUAUCUUUACAAAAAGGUAUCAAAGGUCUUGUGGUCAUGUCAUCCGAUCUCGAAGAAAUCUUUCGAUGCAUCCUCGAUGCACGCGUACCAACACAAUGGCAAAAAAUGUAUCCAUCAUUAAAACCUCUAGCUUCAUGGACACGUGAUCUUGCUCAGCGUGUUGAUCAACUAGCUAAAUGGGCGGAGAGUGCACAUGCACCGGCUGUUUUCUGGAUGUCAGGUUUCAGUUUUCCAACAGGUUUUCUCACUGCAGUCAUGCAAACAACAGCUCGUGCAACAAAGAUUAGUAUCGAUCGUUUGAUAUGGGAUUUCGAAGUGAUGAAAGUGGAAGAUAACUACUUACAAACACCAAAGGACGGUGUUUAUGUGAAAGGAUUAUUUCUCGAAGGUGCUGGAUGGGAUAAGAAAAACGCAUGUUUAAUUGAAGCUGAGCCAAUGCAAUUGGAAGUACCGAUGCCCACAAUUCUCUUUCGACCAACAGAAAACAAGAAGAAAUCUUUAGCAACAGAAGAAGAUCGAGAACGAAAGACAGAUGUUUAUUCAUGUCCAGUUUAUUACUUUCCAAACCGAGCGGGCGGUUUUGGUCAUCCAUCAUUUGUUGUUGAAGUCAAUCUUAAAACACCUCACUUUCCAAAUAGCCACUGGGUUAAACGUGGUACUGCCUUACUGAUGAAUUUAGAUAGAUAA